AUGUAUAUAGCUUUACUGAUGACGUUGUUUGGUACUGGAUCCAACACUAGAGGGGAACUUCAAGACGUCCUUCAACUACCUAGAACGCUACCAGACUAUGAAAUAUUGAAGGCUGGAUCAUCACUGGUGAACGAUAUUUCAAGAUCAACCGAUGUCACAGUCUUAGUGGCGAACCGUUUAUUUCUGCUCAACAGCGUAAGACUGAAUUCCGAAUUCCAAAGUGCCCUGACGACGUAUUUUUCAGCAGAUGUGGAGAUGCUAACUUUGUAUCCUCACUUGGAAUCCAAGAGGCAAAGAAUAAACAAGUGGGUUUCAGAGCAAACGCACGGGUUGAUACGGCGACUCAUUCCAAGUGGCGCAUUAACCCACAACAGUGCUCUGAGCAUUGUGAAUGCACUUUAUUUCAAAGGUCUCUGGAAACAUCCGUUUGAUAAGCGAAACACGCAUUUGAGCACGUUCUACACUCCUGAUGGACGUGGAAUUUCGGUUCGGAUGAUGUACGCCAAUCAGAAAUUUGAUUACUUAGAAAUGGAAGACAUUGAAGCGGAUGCAAUUAAACUCCCGUUUGGUGAUGGUUCUACAAUUGGUCAUUCACAGUCAUCAGUCAACAUGAAACAGGCUUUAAUAAAUUUGGGAGCGCGGUUGUUGUUCAGUGACAUGGCAGACUUGUCCGGGAUUUCUUACUAUGACUUUCUGUCCGUAUCGAGUAUAUUUCACAAGGCAGUCCUCGUGGUCAACGAAGAUGGAGCCGAAGCAGCCGCGGCAACUUCCGUUAAUGUAUUUUCAAGAUCCGCCGGGCUCGAAAUGCGCGUGGAUCGUCCUUUCUUUGUGGCGAUUGUUCACAGGCGUGCCGGGCCCGUAUUUUUGGGACAUGUGGUCAGGCCUGGUACGGUUAGCUGA